AUGAUGCUCAUGUGUCUGUUGCUCCAUGAAGAUUUUCUGGAGACCACUCAGCAGAAACUGAAAUCCCAUCUGAAGAAGAAGUUUGAAUUUCUUUUUGAAGGACAAGCUAAGCAAGGAAACCCAACCCUUCUGAAUGACAUUUACACAGAGCUCUACAUAACUGAAGGUGGUACUGCUGGGAUCAGUAAUGAACAUGAAGUGAGACACAUUGAGAGAGCACUCAAGAAACCAGCUACACCAGAAACUAAAAUCAAAUACAGUGAAAUUUUUACACCCUUACCUGGGAAAGUAACACAUAUAAGAACUGUGAUGACACUAGGGAUUGCAGGUAUUGGGAAAACAGUGACUGUGCAAAAAUUUAUUCUUGACUGGGCAGAAGGAAACGAAAAUCAAGACCUUCAUUUCAUAUUUCCUCUUCCUUUUCGAGACCUAAAUUUGAUAAAGGAUAAAGAAUUCAGUUUGACGCAACUGCUUCAUGACUUUCUCCCAGAAGUCAAAGAGUUUGGACUCACUCAGCUUUUUAAUUCCAGUGUUUUGUUUGUUUUUGAUGGUCUGGAUGAGUGUUGCCUUCCUCUAGAUUUUAAGAGCAAUGAGAUCUGUUCUGAUGUAACAAAGACAACCUCACUGGAUGUGUUGUUGACCAACCUCAUGAAGGGGAAUCUGUUUCCUUCUGCUCUCAUCUGGAUAACUUCCCGUCCAGCAGCCGCCAGUCAGAUCCCUCCUGAGUGUGUUCAUCACCUAACAGAGAUACGAGGGUUCAAUCAUCCUCAGAAGGAGGAAUACUUCAUGAAGAGAUUCAACGAUGAGGAUCUGGCCAAGAGGAUCAUCACACAUGUGAAGUCAUCAAGGAGCCUCUACAUCAUGUGUCACAUUCCAGUCUUCUGUUGGAUUUCAGCCACUGUUCUUGAGAGGCUUUUUGUUGAGGAACACAGUGGAGAAAUUCCCAAGACUCUCACUGAGAUGUACACACACUUCCUGAUAUUUCAGACCAGUCUGAAGAAUGAGAAGUAUCUGAAAAAACGAGAAACAGAGCCUCUGAAAUCUUUAGAAUUAGAUAAAGAAUUUGUUCUGAAACUGGGGAAGUUGGCUUUCAACAACCUUGAUAAAGGAAAUCUCAUAUUUUAUGAGGAAGACCUGAAGGAGAUUGGCAUUGAUGUCAAUGAAGCUUCAGUAUAUUCUGGAGUGUGUACAGAAGUGUUUAGACAGGAGAUUGGGUUGUAUGAGGGGAAAGUUUACUGCUUUGUACAUUUGAGUGUUCAGGAGUAUCUUGCCGCUUUGUAUCAGUUUCUCUCAAAUACUGACCCCGACCUGCUGGAGAGUACAGUGGAUCAGGCCUUAGAGAGCAAGAAUGGACACUUGGACCUCUACCUCCGCUUCCUCCUUGGCCUUUCAAUGGAAUACAGUCAAAAGCUUUUAAAACGACUCGUGACACAAGAAAGAUGGUGUUUUUUUAACAGAGACAUAGUCCAACACAUCAGUCAGAAGAUCAGUGAGAAUCUAUCUGCAGAGAAGACCAUUUAUCUCUUCCACUGUCUGAAUGAACUGAAUGACAAUUCUCUGGUGAAAGAAGUCCAAAAAUACUUGAAGUUAGGGCAUCUUUCAGAAGAGGACAUCAAAUCCACAGAGUGGUCAGCUCUGGCCUUUGUGUUGAUGAUGUCAGCAGAGGAACUGGAUGAGUUGGACCUGAGGAACUGUACCUUACAUGAUGAAGGUCUUCAGAGGAUGAUGCCAGUGAUCCAGGUCUCCACAACUGCUCUGCUGAACAGUUGUUCUCUCACUGAAAGAUGCUGUGAAGCUUUGGCUUCAACUUUGUGUUUAGACUGUAACCUGAGAGUGUUAGACCUGAGUGACAAUGAUCUGCAGGACUCAGGAGUGGAACUGCUCUCUACUGGACUGGGGAACCAACAGUGUAAACUGGACACACUGAGACUGUUUUACUGUAGACUCAGUGAAGGCGGCUGUACUUCUCUGGCUACAGCGUUGCGUUCGAACCCCUGUUCACACCUGAGAGAGCUCGAUCUGAGCUACAAUAACCCAGGGGAGUCAGGAGUGAAGUGGCUCUCUGAUCUACUUCAGGAUCCCGCCUGUGAACUGGAGACGCUGAGGCUGAAACUGUGUGGACUGACAGAGAAAUGCUGUGAAGCUCUGGCCUCAGUUCUUACAUCAAACUCCUCACACCUGAGAGAGCUGGACUUGAGUGACAAUGACCUGUGGGACUCAGGAGUGAAACUGCUCUCUACUGGACUGGGGAACAAACGCUGUAAACUGGACACACUAAGACUGUCUGGCUGUUGUGUCACAGAGAGAGGCUGUUCUUCUCUGGCUUCAGCUCUGCGUUCGAACCCCUGUUCACACCUGAGAGAGCUGGAUGUGAGCUACAAUCAUCCAGGAGACUCAGGAAUGAAGCUGCUCUCUGAUCUACGGCAGGAUCCCACCUGUAAGCUGGGGACACUCAAUGUGGACCAUGGUGGAGAGUGCAGGAUCAGACCAGGGCUCCUCAAAUAUUCCUGUGAGCUCACAUUGGAUCCAAACACAGCAAACACACACCUGUAUCUGUCUAAAGACAAGAGGAAGGUGACAAGGAGGAGACAGGAACAGUCAUAUCCUGAUCAUCCAGACCAAUUUGAGUAUUUUCAACAAGUUCUGUGUGCAGAGAGUCUGUCUGGUCGCUGUUACUGGGAGGUUGAGUGGAGUGGAGAUGGGGCUGAAAUAGGAGUGACUUAUAAAGGAAUCAGGAGGAAGGGAGACAAUGAUGACUGUGUGCUUGGAGAGAAUGACAUGUCCUGGAAUCUGAUCUGCUCUGGUGAGAUGUACUGUGUCCGAUACAAUAACAAACACACUACCAUACCUAUACCUCCCUCCAACAGAGUAGGAGUGUAUGUGGACUGGGUGUCUGGCACGCUCUCCUUCUACAGAGUCUCCUCUUAUGAACUGACCCUCCUGUAUAGAUUCAUGUCCACAUUUACUGAGCCCCUCUUUCCUGGUUUUUACAUUUUUGUUGACUCCUCAGUGUCCCUGUGUGAGCUGGGAUAG